AUCGUGUUACGUCGGCGUAAACUCUCUUUCUGUCAAGAAUUUAAUGGCUGCGGCCUUUUCUUGUAAACUUGUGAGUUGAAUCGGUGGUUUUCUUCGUAAUCCGAAGAAUAAUUAAAGUGUGUGAGACGCAAAUAAAUAAAAUUCACCAUGGCGGAUAAGGAAAUUGAAAUUAAGAAGAAGAGGACUUUCCGUAAGUUUACCUUCCGUGGCGUGGAUUUGGACCAGCUUCUGGAUAUGCCAAAUGAGCAGCUUAUGGAGUUGUUGCAUUGCCGUGUAAGGAGGCGUUUUAGCCGUGGUCUUAAGCGCAAACCAAUGGCCCUCGUCAAGAAAUUGCGUAAGGCCAAGAAAGAGGCGCCGCCAAAUGAGAAACCAGAGAUCGUCAAGACGCAUUUGCGUAACAUGGUCAUUGUCCCUGAGAUGGUCGGAUCCAUUGUCGGCGUGUACAACGGCAAAGCCUUCAACUUGGUUGAAAUCAAGCCUGAAAUGAUUGGUCAUUACUUGGGCGAAUUCUCCCUGACAUACAAGCCCGUUAAGCACGGUAGACCCGGUAUUGGUGCUACACACAGUUCGCGUUUCAUUCCCUCAAGUAAAUUAUUUCUCAUGUUUUUUCAUGUUUAGUAAUUAAUAAAGUUAUUUGAGGGA